AUGGCGAGUCGUCAAGACGGGCCGUCCUUCGGCUCGAGGAGGCUGAACGGACGGGCUAUCGGCCAAUUCGUCAUCGACAAGGAGAUUGGCAAGGGCAGCUUUGCACAGGUGUACAUGGGCUGGCACAAGGAGACGAAAGCCGCCGUGGCAGUCAAAUCUGUCGAGCUCGAACGGCUGAACAAAAAGCUAAAAGAAAAUCUCUACGGAGAAAUUCAAAUCCUCAAAACAUUACGGCACCCUCACAUUGUCGCACUUCAUGAUUGCCUCGAGUCAUCCACCCACAUCAAUCUGAUCAUGGAAUACUGCGAGCUAGGAGACCUGUCGCUUUUUAUCAAAAAGCGAGACAAGCUGUCCACACAUCCUGCCACCCACGAUAUGGCUCGAAAGUACCCCAGUGCACCAAACUCAGGUCUUCAUGAAGUAGUCAUUCGCCACUUCCUGAAGCAGCUCGCCAGUGCUCUGGAGUUCCUUCGCAGCAAGAAUUAUGUCCACAGGGAUGUAAAACCUCAGAACCUCCUCUUACUUCCACCAAAGGCCGUUCGGGAUCAGAGAGCUCUUCCCAUCAUGUCUGCCAGCCACGACUCAUUAAUACCUGUUGCCGGCUUGGCUUCAUUGCCCAUGCUCAAGCUAGCCGAUUUUGGCUUUGCCAGAGUGCUUCCGUCAACAUCUCUGGCUGACACGUUGUGCGGCUCUCCUUUGUACAUGGCUCCGGAGAUUCUUCGCUAUGAGCGAUACGACGCCAAGGCCGAUCUGUGGUCUGUAGGCACAGUCUUGUACGAAAUGAUGACUGGUCGGCCGCCUUUCCGAGCACGAAAUCAUGUUGAACUCCUCCGCAAGAUAGAAGCUGCCGAGGAUGUCAUCAAAUUCCCAAGGGAAGUCUUCAUAAGCUCCGAAAUGAAAGCCCUUGUCCGAGGCCUGCUCAAACGCAGCCCUGUGGAGCGUCUCAGCUUCGAGAGUUUCUUCUCUCACCCAACAGUCACGGGUGACAUACCUGGGUUAGUGGAGGAUGACGUCCCAAGCCCCUCCAAACGAGAACUACAGCCGAUUCAUCAAGGAGAGGAAUAUACUCCAUCCCCCAGAGCACCCCUUGCUCGCCAAUCAGAGUCAGAAGACGCCCAACGAGAAGCCGCAGCUCGAUCGCCGCAGCAGGGAAAUUCUGUGGAUGACCGAACCAGACGUCGGUCUCUGGAUUUGCAGCAGCCCGGGAAUUCUCCUCGCGAUGUGGGAGCUGGCUUGGGUAUCCAUCGACCUCCCCCCCAGCACACGCCGUCUUCAUCCAAUCAACCCCGUGUCUCUGAUCGGUCCUCUCGAGACCAACCCAUCUCACAGAGCAACCCUUCUGAUGAUCCGUCUCUCAGAAUCUUGAGAAAGUCAUCCAACGGCAAGAAGUUGACCGAAGAGGAGAAGGCGGCCCAGGACGUAAUGUUUGAAAGGGAUUAUGUCGUGGUGGAGCGGAGGCAUGUUGAAGUCAAUGCGUUGGCUGAUGAACUGGCUGCAAAUGAAAGGUUGUCUGGCCAGGGUUCCGGCCCCCGUUCCACGCAGAUGGUACGUCGAAGCACGCUGCAAGGAGCACCGACAUCAACGACCGGUGCAAUCCCGACACCGUCCUCUCGUACCGCCCUAGUAGCCCAGGGCCACGUGAUUCACGAUCGGAGGUCAUCAUACGAGAAGGCGUUGUCGGCUAGUCCUGGCUCUGCCUCCAGUGCCAUUUCCAAAGCUAUUCAGGAUGCCAGUCUGAGGCUUUUUGGCUUCAAGGUCGCUCCAGUUCGCGGCAAGGGCCACUCGCCUCCCAUGUACCAUCCCUUCCCGGCAUACCCAACGCCGUCUCCUCCCGGUGGCCUCAUCGGCGACGGAAAGAGCUCGCCAUCCGCAGAUGAAGACGUGAGGACAAAGGACGCCAUGGCGGAAUACGCUGAACGCAGUGACUGCGUAUAUGGCUUUGCUGAAGUCAAGUACAAGCAGCUUGUUCCCAUGGCACCUUCGAUGGACCACGGUCUCGGCGGCGUUGGCUUAGACCAACUGUCCCAGGAUGAAGAUGGCCUCACCAUGGAGGCUAUUGUUGCGCUGUCUGAAGAGGCAUUGGUGCUAUAUGUCAAGUCACUGACCCUGCUUGCCCGGGCAAUGGAUCUUGCCAGUGUUUGGUGGGCCAAGAAAGGUCGAGGUGACGGCGGCGGUGGUCUGUCCGCCGCGGUUGCGGAAAACAUCGCGCAAAGCAUCAACGCCAUUGUGCAAUGGGUCCGACACCGUUUUAACGAGGUCUUGGAGAAAUCAGAGAUUGUGCGACUCAAGUUGAUGGAGGCCCAGAAGAUGCUACCAGAGGAUCACCCCAGUUAUCCGUCGAAUCAAGGCACGGGCUCCCUUAACUCGUCAUCAGGGUCAACAGCAAAGCAGGUGUAUCUUACGCCAGGCAUCAGCGCAGAAAAACUCAUGUACGACCGUGCUCUAGAGAUGAGUCGUGCGGCAGCAAUUGACGAGGUGACAAAUGAGAACCUUCCCGGCUGCAAAAUUUCCUACAUAACCGCGAUUCGCAUGCUCGAGGCUGUUCUGGACAUUGACGACGACGAAGUACCUCGAAGAUUGUCUUCUAGCAAGGAGCCGACCAGAAGCUUCCCCAGAGAAGCUGACAGUGAACUCGACAGCGAUGAAGAGGCCCAUGUACGGAAGAUGAUCCAGAUGAUCAAGGCCCGCCUUGCGGCGGUUGUCAAGAAGCAGCAAAUGAUUGCCGACGCAAACACCAAGGAGCAACAGGCACAGCUGCAGGCCGCACGUCGACGCAGUGGCGAUGUGACACCGCGCAGUGUGCCAUCGCACGGCUCGGCGUAA